AUGAUUUCUGUGAAAAAUCUUCAAAAAUUGGCGGAUUUUCGAGCUUUUGCCACAAUUUCAAUGUCGAUUUCGAAAUUUCACGAUUUUUCAUUCGAAUUUUUUGAAAAUGAGAAAAAUUCGAGAAAAAAUCAACAAGAAAUUUGUGAGGAGAUGAUAAAAAAUGAGGAGAAGAAAGAAAAGAAGCAGCUGUUUGAGAAGAAGAAGAAGAAAAUCGAAAAGAAUCAUUCUUCUUUUUCUUGUUCUCAUACCUUUCUAACUUCUCAAUCCUCUUCAUAUAUUAUGCCUACAAAACUUGAUGUUUUUGGCAAUUUACAAUUCAAUUCUUCUACUGAUAAUGAUUCACAAAAUCAGCAAUCGGCUGAAGAUGGAGAUGUUACUGCUUGUUUUGUUCUUCCUUCACCUUCUAGCUUUUCUAAAUUGACACUUCUUGAUGAAAUUAUGCAAGAAAAUGAUGAUUGUUGUAAGUUUUCAAAAAAAAAAAAAAAUUUCGCGGGCACCCGGGCUCGAACCAAAAGGUCCUCACUGCACAGUCUGACGCGCUACCACUGCGCUACGUGCACGCUUUCCUCUCCCACCUCAUUUAUCAUAUUUAAAGUCGCUGUAUCUAUCACGCGCCCUGGUAAACAACAUAAAGUUCGCAUUCCCCGCAAAAAAAAUUAAAAUCCUUUGAGAUUUCAAUCUCUUGGGUCGGCAGAUAAACGAGAGUUUCUCGUUUUGGCCAAGCAAAAGAGCACACGAAAAAUUGGCCAAAAUUAUUUCUUUUCUCUGGUUUUUUUUGUUUCGCGAGUCUCGACUCCUUAAGGAAAAGAAAAUAUAUUUAUUAUAUAUUUCCAAAACCCUUUUGUUUCUUUGGAAAAACGUUUUGCUGAUGAAAUGAAUAUAAUAUUUUGAUGCUACAAUUCACGUUUUUCCAAACCGCCAUACGUGCUUCACUUCAUUUUCAGCUGUGUCAGUUUGGCCCUAGCCCCUAGGAACACAAAAAUCAAAAAUUAAAAAAAAAAUCCUGCGCGCACCGUGGAUCGAACCAAAAAGCCUUCACUCUCAAAUCUAGCGCACAACCACUGCGCCACGCCACGUUAAAAUUUCGCAUAUGAAAAAACUGUUUUUUUUUGCUGUCACCCAAACAAAUUCGUCAUGUGUCACUUUUUCUUCUCAUUUUUCGUUGCUCUGCAAAAAUUAGUUUAAAGUUUAUUAUAUUUUUAGCAGAUAAUUUUUGAACUUUAAAAAAAUGAAACCAGGUUUUCAACCAGAUUAUUUUUUAAUCUUUUUUCUCAUUCACAUCAUUAAAAGUAAUAUAUAAUAUCUGAAAAUCUUGAAAAUAAGUUCCUUUUGUCUGAAAAUAUGUCAUUUUGCUCAACAAUUCCGUUUUGUACUAUUUUGAAUUGUUUAAACGGUUUGUGAAUGAAAAAAUAUCUUGAUAAUGAAUUUCAAAAUUUUUUAGAAUUUAUUUGAGGAAAUUUUGAAACAGUAGAUUUUUCUGAGAACAAAAAUUGAUGAUGUAAUUCCAAUAGUUUUAGAAUUUAGGAAAAUUAUUUUAGAAAAUCUUGUGUAUCAAUUCAUCUGAAGAAAAAAUGAAUUUCGCGUCAUUUUUUGUCGCGAAAUUGCAAUUCGCGAAACGACACGAAAUUAAUAAAAUAAAAGAGGAAAUUCUUUUUUCGUGUGUUGGGUCUCGCAGCGAUCACGUGUCCCUUUAAUAUUUCUCCAUUAUUUUUGUGUUUAUUUUGUGUCGUUUCACGAAUUGCAAUUUCGCGACAAAAAAUGUCGCGAAAUUCAUUUUUUUUCAAAUGAAUUGAUCCAUUGAAACAGUAAACUUUUUCUGAAUGAAAAUUUUAAUUUAUGUAAAUGAACUUUUGUCAAUACCUUUGAAAAAUCCUCAAAAAUCAUUAAAAAAAUCUUGAAACAGUAACAUUUUUCUGUGAUCUGAGAAGCACUAAAUUUCUCAAAAGUUUGAAAAAACAUCUCAUUGGAAUCAUGAUCAAUUUUUUCGAACUUCGAAGAAUUUUGAAACAGUAAUUUUUUUUUUAAAAAUGAAUAUCAAAUUUUGAACAUCUCAAAAAUUCCUUUGAAUUUAAAUUCAUACAAAUUUUGAAACAGUCAAAUAAUUUGCAAAAUGUGGAAGUUUAAUGAUUUUUAACUUUAUUUGAAAAGUUUGAGAUAAUCUUGAAACAGUAAAUUUUUUUGAAUUUAUUUUUUGUUGAUUGAAGCUGAACAAUCUACUUUGAAAAAUAUAUAUUAGAAUUUCGAAACAGUGAAUUUUUUAUUGGAAAACUUGGAAAAUUCAGAAAAUCUCGAUUUCUCAAUUCAAAAAAAUUCACUGUUUCAAAAAUUUUUAUUAAUUUUUUUGAAAAUCAUGGGAGUCAGUGGAAUUGUUUUCGACUGCAUGAAGAUGAAUAUUUUAUACUCAAAAUUCCAAAUUUUUGUGUUCAGAAAUUCACUGUUUCAAAAAAUUCCCAAAAAACAUUGUUCCAGAUUCUGAAACUGGAUUUUUGAAAUUUAAUGACAUAACUCAAGUUUCAGUAAUAGUAAUUUACAUAAAUCCUAUCAAAAUAUAUACAAUUUUUGGAACAGUGAAAUUUUCAGAGUUGGAAAAAAAUUACUGUUUCAAAAAUUUUGUAUUAAUUUUUUGUUGGAAUCAUCAGAAUUGGUAGAAUGAUCGAUUUAAAACAUUCAAAAUUUUGAGCGCCAAAAAUAAUGGCAAAUUUGAAUUCUAAUUUUUCGCGGGUCCCUCGAAAAAACUUGUACAAAUCCAUAUCCCCUCAACUUUUUUCUCGGAACUUCUUUUUUCCUCUUUUUUCUUCUCGUAUUUUUUGACUCACUCACUUUUUCUCCUCAGAAAACAACAAUUUGAUAAUCCGCAAGCAAAAAAAAAGAAGAAGCUCUUCUUUUUUUCUUCCUUCACUCCCUUUCCUUCUAUAUCCAUUUUUGUGCUCCGCGAGCACACAAAAAAAGCUUAGAGCAUCAGCAGUCAAGGCGAAAAAGAAGAAGAGGCAGAGCAUUUUUUUAGAGCCACAAAAAGGCGUGGCUCAGCUUCUUCUUCUUCUAAAAAAGUAGUAGCUCUCUUCUUCCGCGCAGUCGAUAUUUUUCUCUAAUUCUCUAAACUCUCUCUCUUCUUUUUCUCGACCAAAAAAAGAAGCAGGCUCUGAAAAAAAAAUCUUGGGAAAACAAAUUGUUUUUUUAUUUAUUUAUUUUUGAAUUUGGCGCUAAUGAAUUUUUAAAUGUCGUCGAGUAGCAAUAAGAAGGUUCAAGUCAAAUUUUGUAGGUUUUUUGGUUUGAAAAUUUAAUGAAAUUUGGGUCCCGGGAAGAUUUUUGGGAACCCCUUGGGAAAAUUGAUUUUCUCAAAAACCUGAAAUUAAUUUUUGUAUUUUUUCAGUCAAAGAAUUUCUGGACAAAGCACGCGAGGAUUUCAAACAACGAUGGGAAAAUCCGGCGCAGGUUAGUUCCAUUUUUUUUUUUGAAAAAAAAUUUUUUGAUUAAUUUUUGCACCUGGAUGUUUUUUUUUGAAUGGGUACUGUAGAUCAGAACUAAAAAUUCACUGUUUCAAAAAAUAUUGGAAAAAUUGUCGAUAGAAUUUUUUUUAAUAAGAAAAAAAUUAAAGUUUUCCAAAAAAUCUACUGUUUCAAAAAAAUUUGAAAAAAAAUCACAUUUUUGGAAUUUUUGAUUUUUCUUCUCUAUCUGAAUCUUGAAUUCCACGUGGCAAAAUUCUGCUUCAAAUUUGGUGACUAAGAAAAUUCACUGUUUCAAAAAAUUGAUAUGAAAAUUUCCCUUUUGGAAUUUUUUUGGUUCCCUUUUGGUUCGAAGCAAAUCCACGUGGCUCGAUUUUUUGUUGAAAAAAAUUUACUGUUUCAAAAAAAUCAGUAAUUUUGGGAAGAAUUUACUGAAGUGUUCGUUCUUGAUUUUUUCUCCAAUUUAUUUUCAACAAAAAAUUAACUGUUUCAAAAAAAAAUUAUUUAAAAAAUUCAAAUUUUGAUUUUUUGAUGUUAUUCUUGUUGAUAAAUUUCACUGUUUCAAAAUUCUUUCUGGAAUUUUUUUUAAAAUUCACAUUUUUAAAAAAUACAUUUGUCACGUGGUUUUUUGCUGCAAUUUUUCUCUCAUUUUUCCCAAUUUCUUUCAAAAUUUUCAUCUUCUUCAUCCACCCAGCGCACAUCAAAAAUGGAUGUGAAAAAAUACACAAACACACAUAAAAAUGGCCUUCUCCUCCCCAUUUUUUUUUCUACGAAAAAAAGAGCUAUUUUUAGCCACUGCCUUUUUUUAGUCGUCGAAAAAAACACUGAAAAAAAGAGGAGAAGAAGAAAAAAUAUAUAUAGUAAAUUAUUUAUUUUUUAUAUGCUAAUUUGUGGCUUGUUUUUUCUUCUUCUCGAGAUUUUCUUUUCUAGAAAAAAAACUAGAAAAAUAGGGAUUUUAUGGGACAAAAAUUCAAAAGAAAAAGUUUUGCGCGCAGUGGGCUUCGAACCCUUGACCCUCGCCACCAAAAACUAGAGCGUUACCACUGCGCCACCCUCACAUUUGAAAGCGGAGGGGAAAAUUUUGUUUAUUAUUUUGGUGCCCCGGGUUUUUGACAAGAUUCCACGUGGCAAUUUUUUGGAGCAAAGCCCCCGUUUUUUGAAUUUUUUCCCAGUAUUUUUCAGCCCCGCAAAAAAUCCCAUUAUAAUUGA